UUAUUCUUUGGCAGCACUCGGGCACUUGGGUUUGGGGUUUGGGUUAAGUGGUUCGUUGAUGUUUUUUUGGGCACCGGUAUAUGUCAUCAUUACCGGUGAAGUGUUAGCGGUUUUUUAAUAUUAAUCUAUUGUGCGGUUUACUAUAGUAUAGAUUUUGAGUGCAUUUAAGUACGGAAAAUGGAUUUUCCGUAUAGAGCAGAAUAUGCUAAAAGCAGUAGAGCAUCAUGUCGUAGUUGUAAGUCUUCUAUUCAGAAAGAAGCUCUAAGACUAGCUGCCAUGGUUCAAUCUUCAAAGUUUGAUGGGAGAACACCACAAUGGUAUCACUUUGACAGCUUUUUUGGCAGUCAGAGACCUAAGAUUGUUGAUGAUAUUGAAAACUUUGAGGAAAUACGAUGGGAAGAUCAGGAAAAAAUUAAGGACAAAAUCAAAAAUAUGGGUUCAAUUAUUGUGCCAGCUGGUAAAGGUAAAAAACGGGCUGCUUCAGAUAAUGGUGCACUUAAAGAUUUCACAUUGGAAUAUUCCAAAUCUAGCCGAGCCAUGUGUAGAGGUUGUCAACAGAAAAUAAUGAAAGAUGAAGUAAGAAUCUCCAAAAAGGAUUUUGAAUCUGAAGCUGCAAAAAAAUAUAAUGGUCAAGAUAUGUGGCAUCACCUGACUUGCUUUGCAAAAUUAAGGUCUGAACUUGGAUAUUUUGAAUGUGGUGAUAAAUUGCCUGGUUUCAAAUCAAUGAAGAAGUCUGACCAAGAUGAAGUUAUCAAAGAAAUUCCAGCAAUUAAACAGGAGAAUGGAUCAGACAUUAAAAAAGUUAAAAAAGAUGAGGAGGAUCCACUGGACAAAGAGUUGAUUAAGCAAAAUAAGAAAAUGUACAUGUACAAGGAUAACUUGAAGACAUUGAAGAAAUCUGAGUUGCAACUUUUAUUAGAAGCAAAUACUCAAGUUAUACCACCUGGUGAAGCAGAGAUAUUGAAUAGAUUAGCAGAUGUCAUGACUUUUGGUACAUUACGACCAUGCCCUGAUUGCAGAGAAGGUCAAUUAGUUUUCAAUAAAGAUGGAUAUUAUUGUCAAGGAGAUGCAACAGAGUGGGCAAAAUGUAAUGGAUUUGCUGAACGGCCAAAUCGUGAGAAGUUCUUGGUGCCAGAUAAAUUGGCAGAAAAAUAUUCUUUUCUGCAGAAGUACAGUUCUUCUGUUAAGCAUCGCAUCUUUAAAAAAGUUACUCCUACAGCGAAAGUCGUUAAGAAAGAUGAUGAAGAAGAUGAUAAACCUAAAAUUCAACGUGAAGUGCCACCCCUCUAUGACAUGCAGUUUAUUCUUGAAGUAAAGAAAAAUAAAGAUGCGUUAAAAAAGGAAAUCAUGAAUCUCGGCGGAAGUGUUGUAACUAAAAUUAGUGAGAAAAUAAUGGCUGUUAUUUCAACUUCAGAUCAGGUAGAGAAAAUGGGAUCACGAAUGAGUAGUAUCAAAGAUGCAGAUAUUCAAGUAGUAUCUUCGGAUUUCGUUAAAAAGGCCAAAGAAUACAGAGGCCGUAUUCCAGAAUUAAUUUUAAACAAAAGUAUCUGUGAUUGGGGAUCAGAUCCCACUGCAAGAUUACCAGCAGAACCUUCUGUUAGUUAUAAAUCAAAAUCUAAAAGUAUGUAUGCAAAAUCUGGCCCUAGCACGGUUAAAUUGAAGUUGAAAGGUGGUACUGCUGUUGAUCCUGAAUCUAAACUGGACCACAAAUCGCAUGUCUACCAAGAUGGCAAUGAUAAAUACACAGUUAUAUUAGGAUUAACUGACAUACAGAAAAAUAAAAACAGUUACUAUAAGUUGCAAGUUUUGGAAGCUGACAAUCGAAAUGAAUAUUGGCUGUUUAGGUCAUGGGGUCGCACAGGAACAAACAUUGGGGGUAAUAAGGUUGAGCCACAGUCGUCAUUGCAUGAUGCCAUCCAAGCCUUUGAAACUUUAUAUGAAGAAAAGACUGGCAAUGAAUGGGAGUACAGACAUGAGUUUACGAAGGUGCCAGGACGCAUGUAUCCAAUUGAAGUGGAUUACGACGAUGAAGAUAAUAAAUUGGAUAUAACAAAUACAAUAGAAUCUAAAUUACCAGGGCCUGUCCAGAAGUUGAUGCAAUUAAUAUUUAACGUAAAAAUAAUGAAAGAUUUGAUGUUGGAAUUUGAAUUGGAUACCGAUAAAAUGCCUCUAGGUAAAUUGAGUGUAAAUCAAAUGAAGAAAGCCUUUGACGUUUUAUCGGAGCUGCAACAAUUGAUAGAGAACAAAGGUUCAAAGACGAAGUUAAUAGAUGCUUCAAACAGAUUUUAUACAUAUGUACCGCACUCGUUUGGUAUCAAGGAAUUACCUAUCAUUGAAAAUGAGGAACAGAUACGACAGAAAACCGAAAUGAUUGAGAAUUUGAUGGAGGUGGAAUUUGCAUAUAAUUUAAUGAAGUCUUCUGGUUCUGGUAUUGAUGGCCAUUAUGCAGAAUUGAAUACAGAAAUUGGCGUGCUAGCUCGUGAUAGUAAAGAGUUUAAGACCAUCGAGAAGUAUGUUAAAAAUACGCAUGCUUCCACUCACAACACCUAUGAAUUAGAAAUCAUUGAAAUAUUUACGGUUAAGCGGAGCGGAGAAGAAAAAAGAUUUAAGCCAUUCAAGAAGAUGCACAAUAGGCAGCUCCUAUGGCACGGUUCUCGAGUUACAAAUUUUGCGGGUAUCCUUAAACAAGGAUUACGUAUUGCUCCACCCAACGCACCAACUACCGGCUACAUGUUCGGUAAAGGUAUUUACUUUGCAGACAUGGUUUCGAAGUCUGCGAACUAUUGUUGUACUAUGGCUAAGAAUCCAACCGGUCUCUUAUUGUUAUGUGAUGUAGCAUUGGGAAAUAUGUACGAACGGUCGAAAGCCGAUUAUAUCCAGAAAUUACCGACGGGCAAACACAGUUGCAAGGGUGUUGGUAGUACUUAUCCUGACGAAAAGGAGAAAAUAAAACUUGGGGAUGUUGAUGUGCCCUUGGGUAAAGCUGUCAACGAUACUAAGCUUAAGAGCGAUUUGCUUUAUAAUGAAUAUAUUGUAUAUGAUAUUGCUCAAGUAAAUGUUAAGUACUUGCUGCAGUUGAAUUUCAAAUAUAAAUUUUAAUUCUA